CCAGUGGAUGGGGCCUGGGGUGCUGGAGGCUGCAGGGUCUGGCAGAGGGCUGACUGCAGAGGCCCUGAGCCACACAGGUAGCUACCCAGAUUCAGAUGCUGAUGGAGGGGUUGUGGGGGCUGCAGAGCAUUUAGGUCCCCAGUUCCCAGGGUGACCAUAGUGGGCUUGUGUUGGUCUGGCGCUCCACUGUCAGCCUGUCCAUUGGUUUCUUAGAGCCUUCAUGACGUUCUUAUUGUCCAUCAAUUGGACCAGCUAAUGGUCUGUCCACCCAGCUUCUGGGAAGCUACAUUGCUGCAGGGAAAGUGUCUUGUUUAUCCAUCUGUCUGUCUGUCUCUCUCUGGCUGUGAGCCUGGUGGCGCUAAGCUGGCCAGUCCAUCUGCUGGGUUAGAUUGUCAGGGUUUCUGCUAUCCAUCUAGCUGGCUGUCUAGUGGUUUAUAAGCACAUGUGUCCAGGAGCCCAUUGGGGAGGAUGAAAGUCUAUCUGUGCCUGUCGGUCAGUUGGGUGUUUGGGUUGUCUGUGUGUCUGAACACCCAUCUCAUGGGUCUGCCUCUCUCUGUCAUUGUUCCUGCCUUUGUCUGUCACUCCAUCUGCCUCACCAUCUGUCCCUGGGAUUCCCUGGGCCAGCACCAUCCUGCCUGUAGCAGUCCACACCAGCCUCUCCUGCCUGGGACCUAGCUCUACGGUUGGGUGGGAGUGCUAGAGCUUAGGUCCAGGGCUAUCCCCUUCUUAGAGCCUCAUGUGACCUGUGGCCACAGGCACUGCAGGAGCUAAAGAUGACGAGCUCCGUGGCACCCUACGAGCAGCUGGUUCGGCAGGUGGAGGCCUUGAAGGCGGAGAACAGUCACCUGAGGCAGGAGCUUCGAGACAACUCAAGCCACCUGUCCAAGCUGGAGACAGAGACAUCUGGAAUGAAGGAGGUACUGAAGCACUUACAGGGCAAGUUGGAGCAGGAGGCCCGUGUGCUGGUGUCCUCAGGGCAGACAGAGGUGCUGGAUCAGCUGAAAGCCCUGCAGAUGGACAUCACCAGCCUGUACAACCUCAAGUUCCAGCCCCCAACCCUGGGCCCUGAGCCUGCUGUUCGAACCCCUGAGGGAAGCCCAGUACAUGGCUGUGGGACCUCCAAGGACAGCUUUGGGGAUGUGAGCCGGGCCACUAUCCGGCUGCUGGAGGAACUGGACAGGGAACGGUGUUUCCUGUUGAAUGAAAUUGAGAAGGAGGAAAAGGAGAAGCUCUGGUACUACUCGCAGCUGCAGGGCCUGUCCAAGCGCCUGGACGAGCUUCCGCACGUGGAAACGCAGUUCUCCAUGCAGAUGGACCUGAUCCGGCAGCAGCUGGAGUUUGAGUCCCAGCACAUCCGUUCGCUAAUGGAGGAGCGCUUUGGCACCUCUGACGAGAUGGUGCAGCGGGCGCAGAUCCGCGCUUCACGCCUGGAGCAGAUCGACAAGGAGCUGCUGUCUGCGCAGGACCGGGUGCAGCAGACUGAGCCCCAGCCCCUGCUAACAGUAAAGUCAGUGCCAGUGGAUGAGGACCCCGAGACUAAGGUCCCCGUGCACCCUGAGGAUGGUGCCCCUCAGCCGGGCAACAGCAAGGUGGAGGUGGUCUUCUGGCUGCUGUCAAUGCUGGCAACGCGGGACCAGGAGGACACAGCACGCACGCUGCUGGCCAUGUCCAGCUCUCCCGAGAGCUGUGUGGCCAUGCGCCGCUCAGGCUGCCUGCCACUGCUGCUACAGAUCCUGCAUGGCACAGAGGAUGGGGCUGGGGGUCGCAAUGGGACCCCUGGGGCACCCGGAGCCAAGGAUGCACGCAUGCGUGCCAACGCAGCACUGCAUAAUAUCGUCUUCUCUCAGCCAGACCAGGGCCUGGCGCGCAAGGAAAUGCGUGUCCUGCAUGUGCUGGAGCAGAUCAGAGCCUACUGUGAGACCUGCUGGGACUGGCUGCAGGCCCAGGAUGGUGCGACCGAGGGAGGCGGGGUGUGCAACUCACCAGUCCCCAUUGAGCCUCAGAUCUGCCAGGCCACCUGUGCAGUGAUGAAGCUGUCCUUCGAUGAGGAAUACCGCCGUGCUAUGAAUGAGCUGGGUGGGCUGCAGGCUGUGGCCGAUCUACUGCAGGUGGACUAUGAGAUGCACAAGAUGACCCAGGACCCACUCAACCUUGCCCUGCGCAGAUAUGCUGGCAUGACCCUCACCAACCUCACCUUUGGGGACGUCGCCAACAAGGCCACACUGUGUGCCCGGCGGGGCAGCAUGGAGGCCAUUGUGGCCCAGCUGGCUUCUGAAAGCGAGGAUCUCCACCAGGUAGUGUCCAGCAUCUUGCGCAACCUAUCUUGGCGGGCUGACAUCAACAGCAAGAAGGUACUGAGGGAGGUAGGCAGCAUGACUGCCCUGAUGCAGUGUGUCCUACGAGCCUCCAAGGAGUCCACCCUGAAGAGUGUGCUCAGUGCCCUGUGGAACCUCUCAGCACACAGCACGGAGAACAAGGCAGCCAUCUGUCAAGUGGAUGGUGCCCUGGGCUUCCUAGUGAGCACGUUGACCUACAAGUGCCAGAGCAACUCGCUGGCCAUCAUUGAAAGUGGAGGGGGAAUCCUACGCAAUGUGUCCAGUCUCAUUGCCACCCGAGAGGACUACAGGCAGGUGUUGCGGGACCACAACUGCCUGCAGACACUGCUGCAGCACCUGACAUCACACAGCCUGACCAUCGUGAGCAAUGCCUGUGGCACGCUCUGGAACCUGUCCGCCCGCAGCCCGCGUGACCAGGAGCUGCUGUGGGACCUGGGCGCUGUGGCCAUGCUGCGCAACCUGGUGCACUCCAAGCACAAGAUGAUUGCCAUGGGCAGUGCCGCCGCCCUGCGCAACCUGCUGGCUCACCGGCCUGCCAAAUACCAGGCAGCAGCCACUGCUAUCUCCCCCAGUGCCUGUGUGCCCAGCCUGUAUGUGCGCAAGCAGCGAGCCCUGGAAGCCGAGCUGGAUGCACGGCACCUGGCCCAGACGCUGAACCACCUGGAGAAGCAGGACCUGCCUGAGGCUGAGGCCGAGAGUGCCUCCAAGAAGCCGCUGCCACCCCUGCGGCACCUGGAUGGGCUGGCCCAGGACUAUGCCUCAGACUCCGGCUGCUUCGAUGAUGACGAUGUGCCCUCCCUGGCCGCUGUGGCCGCCACUGCCGAGCCUGCCAACCCCACUGUGCUGUCGCUCUUUCUGGGCAGCAACUUCCUACAAGGCCAGGCGCUGGCCCGUGCCCCACCUGCCCCCUGCGGUGGCCCAGAGGUGGAGAAGGAGGCCAGUGGGGAGGCAGCCUUGGCAGCCAGGGCCAAGGCCAAGCUGGCACUAGCAGUGGCGCGGAUCGACCGGCUGGUGGAGGAUAUCUCAGCCCUGCACACCUCAUCUGAUGACAGCUUCAGCCUUAGCUCUGGGGACCCUGGGCAGGAGGCCCUGCGGGAGGGCCGAGCCCAGUCCUGUUCUCCUUGCCGGGGCCCUGAAAGUGGUCAGAGGGCGGCCAGUGGCCGAGCUCACCCGUUGCUGCGGCUCAAGAUAGCCCAUGCCAGCCUCUCCAAUGACAGCCUUAACAGUGGCAGCACCAGCGACGGGCACUGUCCCCGGGACCACAUACAGCCCUGCCCACUGGCCUCACGGGGUGAGCACCGAGAGGGGCCCCCAUGUGGCCAGGCACGGCCAAGCCAACUUGACCUCAACCUGCUGGUUGGCCAGGCUAAGCCAGCAGCCUGUGAGGCUGCAGCCACUGAUGCCUGUGUGCACACCAUUAAGCUGUCACCCACCUACCAGCAUGUGCCACUGCUCGAGGACACUGCCAGGGCCAGUGUGGGACUCCUGGUCCCUGGGACCCGGAAGCAGGCCUGGCUGUCUGCAGAGGGCCUGAACAAGGUGCCUGAGAAGCUGGUGGCAGAGGCGGCACCACUCUGCUUGUCCCGUUGUAGCUCCCUGUCCUCACUGUCCUCUGCUGGCCACCCGGGCCCCAGCGAGGUGGAGGACCUGGAUGACAGUGACUCGUCCCUGGAGGGGCUGGAGGAAGCUGGCCCCAGAGAGGCAGAGCUGGACAGGGCCUGGCAUGGGCCAGGAGCUGCCUCCCUGCCCAUGGCCAUCCCUGUGCCCCCUCGGGGCCGGAGCCUGGGUGUGGACACCACACCAUCUAGCUCCUCAGAGAACUGCGUGCAGGAGACACCACUGGUACUGAGCCGCUGCAGCUCAGUGAGCUCGCUGGGCAGUUUUGAGAGCCCAUCCAUUGCCAGCUCCAUCCCCAGUGACCCCUGCAGUGGGCUGGGCAGUGGCACAGUCAGUCCCAGCGAGCUGCCUGACAGCCCUGGGCAGACCAUGCCACCCAGCCGCAGUAAGACGCCACCGCUGGCCCCCCCACCUCCUGGUGAGCGUGAGACCACCCAGUUCAGCCAGCAGUGGGAAAGCUACGUGAAGCGCUUCCUGGACAUCGCUGACUGCCGAGAGCGCUGCUGGCUGCCCUCUGAACUGGACGCUGGCAGUGUACGUUUCACUGUGGAGAAGCCAGAUGAAAACUUCUCUUGUGCCUCCAGCCUCAGUGCACUGGCUCUGCAUGAGCACUACGUGCAGAAGGACGUUGAGUUGCGGCUGCUGCCCCCAGCCUGCCCUGAACUUGGCGGGGGUGGUGGCCCCAGCCAGCACUUUGCUGGGCACCGCCGUCGAGAUGAGGCCAGUGGUCGCCUCGAAGGGCCACCUGCCACUAACCAGGAGAUGGAGUUGCUGCGGGAUUGCCUGGGUGCAGCUGUGCCCACCAGGCUCCGCAAGGUGGCUUCAGCGCUGGUGCCCAGCCGCUGUGCACUGCCCAUGCCCAUCUACAUGUUAGUGCCCACCCUGGCCCGGGAAGACAACUCAUGUACUGACUUGGCGGAGGGCACGCAAGUCAACUUCAGUGUGGCUUCACUUAGUGACCAGACACUGCAGAGACCACCCAGGGACCCACCUGGUGGGGGUGGGGAGGGACAGAAGCCAGCAGUCCUAGAGUCUCCCGCCAGGCAGGCCACUGGGCACCAGCACAGGGUUGGGGGUACAGGCCGAAGAACAGAGCCAGCCCGAGGCGCAGGCAGGCGCCAGGUGGGGCUGGAGCUGCCCCUUCGAAGGCCCCCAAGAGCCUGUGCAGACAGGAACAGCCCCCAAGUGGGCCGAGCAUGUGGGGAGGGGGCGCUGCAGUCCUUGUGCCUCACAACACCCACUGAGGAGGCUGUGUACUGCUUCUACAGCAACGGCUCAGAUGAGGAGCUGUCCACAGCAGUGGGGGUCACACCCUCCAGGCGGGCAUCUGCUAUUCCCCGGGCAGUGAAGAGAGAGCGCCUGGCUGGCAGGAAGAAGGCACAGGCUGUGCCCAAGGUCACAAAGCCAGCCCGGGCCCAGCCCAGUCUCAUUGCUGAUGAGACACCACCAUGCUACUCCCUAAGCUCCUCCACCAGCUCCCUCAGUGAGCCCGAGCCUGAGGCGAGCAGGCUCCGAGCCCAUGAGUCAGUGGUCACCAAGGACCUGGGCCCUGGAGGUGGGAAAGAUGGCUAUCCCAGCCCUCAGGCUGAGGUGGAGCUGCUGCGGCGCUGCAUUGGCUCAGCUAUGCCCAGGCGCUGGCCACAGGCAUCAGACUCAAGGCAUCGCAAGCUCCGAGAUGCCCAGCUGGACAAGCAGACAGCAGAGGGGCCCCGGGAGCACAGUGAGGAGACAGCAGGGUCAGACCAUGCCUCAGACCUGGACAGUGUCGAAUGGCGCGCCAUCCAGGAGGGAGCCAACUCCAUUGUCACCUGGUUGCACCAGGCAGCAGCGGCAGCCACUCAGGAGGCCUCAUCUGAGUCUGACUCCAUCUUGUCCUUUGUGUCAGGGCUGUCAGUGGGCUCCACCUUGCAGCCCUCUCUGCACAGGAAAGGGUGGCAGCCACGAGCAGAGGGGCAGGCAAAUAGUGCCACUCAGCCAGAGAAACGAGAUGUGACCCUGGCCCAGCAAAGUAGCAGCCCCUGCUUGCCCUUCAGCCCAGAGAAGUUGCAUGGUGCUCAGAAAACUACAUCUGGGGUGCCAGCCAUGCUCCGAGGAAGAACAGUGAUCUACGUGCCCAGUCCAGCCACUCGGUCCCAGCCUAAAGGCACCCCUGGCCCCCGCACCACACAAAGGAAGAUGGGAUCCCUGAGCCCCACACAGCCAGCAGCUCCCACCAAAGUCCUGGGUCCUGGGCAGCAACGGUCUCGGAGCCUGCACAGGCCUGGCAAGAUCUCAGAGCUUGCAGCCCUGAGCCCCCUCCAAAGGAGUGCCACGCCACCGGCUCGCCUCACCAAGACCCCUUCAUCCAGCUCCUCCCAGACCUCCCCUGCCUCCCAGCCUCUGCCCAGGAGGUCACUCCCAGCUGCCCAUGCUUCGGGACCCUUGCCCAGCCCCAGGGCCUCACUGGUGCCCAAGACACCCAGGCGGGCCCUACUGGCCAAGCAGCACAAGACACAGAAAUCGCCAGUGCGGAUCCCCUUCAUGCAGAAACCCGUUAGGCGGGGGCCACCACCUCUGGCCAGGGCAGCCCCAGAGCCAGGCCCCAGGGGUCGGGGGGGGCCAAAGGGGUGCCCAGGUACCCAAGCAGGCCGCCUGGGCCUGGUGCGCAUGGCCUCAGCCCAAUCCAGUGGCAGUGAAUCCUCCAACCGCUCGGGUUUCCAGCGGCAGCUGACCUUCAUCAAGGAAUCACCAGGCCUGCUGCACCGACGUCGUUUGGAACUGUCCACAGCAGAAGCCACCCCCUCCACCUCCCAGGUCGGCUCACCCCGCCGCAGCCGGCCUGCACUGCCCACUGUCUUCCUCUGCUCCUCCCGCUGCAAUGAGCUGCAGGCUCCCUCCCCGCAGGCCCUGGUUUCUCAGCGGAUCCCUGAAGUUCGGUCAGGCCCUGGUGAGAGGCCACCAAGGCGCACUAGCUCAGAGAGCCCAUCCCGUUUGCCCAUCCGCAAGCAGGCCACCCAGCCAGAGGCAGUCAAGCGCUACGCCUCUCUGCCCCAUAUCAGCGUGGCCCAAAAGCCAGAGGGUGCUGCCCCUAGUCCUGCAGCUGAUGCUGCCCGCCGCAGCAGCGAUGGGGAGGCCCGGCCCCUGCCCAGGGUGACCUCACUGGGCACCACAUGGCGUCGCAUCCGUGAUGAGGAUGUGCCGCAUAUCCUGCGGAGCACACUGCCCUCUACCGCCCUGCCGCUCAUGGGCACCUCAUCAGAGUGCCCAGGCAGUCCCCUGCAGCGCAAGACCAGCGAUGCUGUGGUCCAGACAGAGGACUUCGCUGCCACUAAGACCAACUCCAGCACAUCCCCGAGCCUGGAGAGCAGGGGCCCUCCCCAGGCUCUGACCAGCGGACCUGCAUCCAUCCUCGGCAGCAAUGUGGAUAAGCCUGGCCCUGCCAAGGUGCCCACCUCAGCCCCCUUCAUCCAUGAGGGCCUGGGAGUGGCUGUGGGGGGCUUUGCUGCCAGCCGGCAUGGCUCUCCCAGCCGCUCAGCCCGAGUUCCCCCCUUCAACUAUGUGCCCAGCCCCAUGGUGGCGGCCACCACUGACUCAGCUGUGGAGAAAGCCCCUGCACCCCCUGACCUCCUAGAAUAGUUGCCUGGACUGGUUUUCUGGAACAUUCUCUCUGGCCAAGAACUGUCUGGUUGCCCUGAGGGUGGCCCUGGAAACUGCCUACCCACCCAAGCCCCCUACCCUUGGAGACCCACCCCAGUCCAUGUUGGCCUUACAUCUCAUGCUUGCUUCUGUGCUGUGAGGACUAGAGAAGGAAAUGGGAUGCAGGCUGUCAAGCCUGGCCCACAUGCAGAGGCCACCCUCUUGACCCCCAGCCCCAUUGCACCUAAGCCUCAGCAGGACACUCAUCUCUGGGGAACCAAGGGAGAUUACAGCAUCCAUCUGAGGUGGGGGAGGAGGUUUCAGAGGGUGGUACUAUCCAGCAUCUGCCAGCUGGGCCCGAGGCAUCCACUAGUGGACAAAACCCGUUAUUACGGGGACAGCUGGGUAAUUUGUUAAUGAUGACUGCUGGUUUGUUUGCCUUCUCAGCCCCAGCUGAGGGAGGGGUAUGGCUGAGCCUGUGAGACAGGCCCCCCCCACACUGUAGGUGCCAAGACAGGGGCUCAUGGACAGAGGGGGCACUGUCAGAAGCCUGGAAAGAGCAAGGAGAGAAGGGCAAAGGAAGACUGGGCUGGGCGAUGCAGGGCCACUCCAUGUCCCCACUCCUGGUGGCGUGGGUGCUGGUUCUGAGUAAAGGAGGAAGAAGGGGACAGAGAAGGUGGGUGGAGUCAGGACCAGCUGUGGUGGGCAAAGUGCAGUGGGAAGGAGGAUGAGAGUCCCAGCCAAAUCUGGUUCUCCUUGGCAAUACACAAAGCCCUGGAUCUAUUGGAGGGCACAACUGCAGGGCCUGGGGUACAGGUCACGCCUGGCCUUGGAGGAGGUGCAGGGCCUAGAGCCCCAGAACUGUGGCCAGGCCAGCUGGAUGGUUGGAGGCCAGGGCUGCUGGGAUGCUAGUGUUGGUGUCAGAGAAGGC